GCUGGCCGAGAAGUCGUGUUUUUUUGCUCGCUUUGGUGACGCCGUACCUCAAAAUUGUUCUCAAAGUUUUGCAGAAGGAAGAAACCGUUUUUCGGAGAAUAAUUGAUUGACCUUUGACCAGUACCGGGAUCUGCAAAAUGGGCAAUAAAUCGUCGCUGCUGCUGCGCGAGGAAGAGAUUGCGCAAAUUCACGAAGAAACUGGAUUUACUCCGAACCAAAUCGAGCGCCUGUACUCACGCUUCACGUCACUGGAUCGCAACGAUUGUGGCACUCUGUCGCGCGAGGACUUUCUACGUAUUCCGGAACUGGCUAUAAAUCCGCUUUGCGAGCGGAUCGUACAUUCGUUUUUUGCCGACAGUAAUGACGAUAGGGUUAAUUUCCGUCAAUUUACUCGUGUGCUUGCUCAUUUCCGGCCGAUCAAGCCGAGCAAGGAGAACAAGCUGAACAGCCGAGAGGAGAAGCUGAGGUUUGCCUUUAAAAUGUAUGACCUUGACGAUGACGAUACGAUCUCCCGGGACGAGCUGCUGAGCAUCCUGCAGAUGAUGGUCGGUGCGAACAUCAGUCAGGAUCAGCUGAAUAGCAUCGCCGAGCGGACGAUCGUCGAGGCGGACUCGGUUGGGCAGGGUAAGAUUACGUUCGACGAUUUUUGCCGGGCCCUCGAACGCACCGAAGUGGAGCAGAAGAUGUCGAUUCGUUUCCUUAACUGAAGUCGAAGCUCGUGGUGUGAUUGGUUUGCCAAUUUAGGGCAAUCUUAGAGCAACCAGAAUGGAAUGUGCAUUUGUUUUACGAAUCUUUUGGGUUUCAAGUUCAAACUGAUGCACACGACGAGCGGAAAAACGAACGAUAUUACGGAGAAUGGGGAUAAUCUUCCGAUUGUAAUGGUUUAUUUCAAGUGUCUGUAGAAUGUAGCUUGUAUGGUGUAUAUAUCUGGACGUAUUGCAGUAAUUAUAAUAAAUUUCUUGU